AUGGAACACCGUAAAUGUGACGAGACUCGUCACCCUGACAUAUGUUCGUUUAAAGACACAAACUCUGGAAUUCAUAGACUUUUAUGUAACGCCGAGGUUUGUGGGUCAUCGAAUAUCACCAUAGGCUCUGUGAAUGCGGCAAUGGGCAAAGUCACUGACUGGAUUCCUACAUCUAAGGAGAUAAUAACUCGAACAGUACAAGAAGCCGUAAAAACAAACCAAACAAACGGCUUUGGCUUUCUGUACAUAAAGUGUGGGGAUAUUCUUCAGUCGCUCAUCUUUCCACCGAUCCUAAAGAAAGUCGAAAAUAACAGCGACAGAAACAACAUAAAUGUUAACGUGGUUGUGUUGGACUCUGUGGCAAUACCGCAUUUUUAUCGAAUUCUUCCAAGAUCAGUGGCGGUACUCCGCAGGAUUGCACAAGAUCCCAAUAUCAAGGCGACUGCGUUGGAUUUUGAAUUGUUCCAGAGCGUUGGUCAACAGACUUUUGACAACAUGAGGCCUUUUUUUUCUGGUGUUAUCAAAGGUAAGCGUUGCGGAGUGUCCAUAUCAUUCAGGCCCCGUUUAUAUGGAGAAAACCCGUCGCGGGUAAAAGGGUCUCUCGCCCAGCCGACCUACCCUGGGUGAGCCAACGUUUCAUACAUUUCCAUGCAGAAGGUGGAGAACGGUUUACAUGAGAAACAUUGAAUACAGUGUUGUCUCCAAUAGAAGGGUGACCCGAAGCUCACCUCCUUUUUCGAUCGUAGGGUCACCCUGUUCUGUCGUGAAUUGUAAUAGCUGUAGUAACUUGUAAUACCAGUUGUCGAGAAUUGUAAUAACCAAGUUAUCGUAAAUUGUAAUAACAGGUUGUCGUAAUUUGUAAUAAGCCUAACUGUCGUGAAUUGUAAUAACACAUUGUCGUAUUUUGUAAUGUCUUGAAAAUGAACAGUUAUUCACCAAAAAUACUCUCAUACAUAACGAAAUGAGGCUCGACAGGAAUCCCACAAUGCAGCUCAUCAUGAGCUCAUUGCUCACGGGCUAUUUCCAAGGUCCAAAACCUUUCUUGUGAAAAUGAGUUUUGUUUGCAUGAGAAUAAAAAUCAUUUUCAUAUCACUGACUAUGCACUUAGCGUGCCUUGAGACAGGGGCUUGGAGCAACUCGUGAUUGGCCUAGAAAAUUUGAGCCCCCUUAGAGCUUGAGGACAGACUCUAUAACAGUUUGAAAAUUUCACAAUUUACAAAAUGAGAUUUGUAUGGAAAACCACUCAAUCGCAACAGGGUGGCAAGAGAUGUUUUUCCCAUAAAGUUCCAACACUAUGCUAGUCGUUUUCUUCUUUUUGUUGACUUUUUGAGGUACGAGUAGUACAUAUAAAGUUCACUAACUGGAUGUAUAAAUACACGAAUGAUGCGCAAGACGGACCGUGGACACUUUUCUUUACACAAAAAAUCUAACAAGUCUUUGCACUUAAUAGCUCCAAUAGUUCAAUCCGUGGGAUUAACUCCAACCAAACUCUAAGCAAAGUCUACGUUACAGAAGGUCUUACCCAAGGAAUUUGGUGAGCGCUGAGCAACAUAUCACAGUGGCGCCUUAUUCUUGGCUAAAUUAUCUAGUCUUGUUUUAAUUUAGUUCUCGCGGGGACUGCGGAACACCAGAGCAUAGGGACUUUUUCGUGUUGAUAACUGAUAAGUCAUAUGCUUUUUUGUAAAAUAACAUCAUCAUUGAAAUCAUAAAUGUGUGGGAGAAAUACUUCAUUGCGUACUCUUUCGUGCUAGUUAAUUUCGUGUUUGUCGCGACUUUUGUCAUCAAAAUAAAACAAAAAUGGCAAAAAUCAGACAAACAUUUCAAAUUAGUCACACUGACGUCAAUUGUGCGCUGUGCUAUUUAUGUUGUCCGAACUAGCCUCCCCCGCCCCCCCCCCCUAGGUAGGUAGUUGCUCAGUAUGUUGGUUGGCUGACUGUUCGAACAAGUUCACCAGGUGGUACCGGUGUUGAUCCCCGAGAAAAAAUCUCCAGCGAUCGGUCAGAUGAUUAAGUCGUUGCCAUAAUCUUGGCUAAAUAAUGGCUGAAAUGUUUUUAAUUGACAAGAAAGUUACACUAGAUAAGCCCUUAAGAGGAAGUGUUACAAAAUACGAUAAAGCAUUAUUACAAUUCACGACGGCUAGCCUUAUUACAAAUUACGACAAUCUGUUAUUAUAAUUUACGAUAAGCUGGUUAUUACAGUUCUCGACAACUGUUAUUACAAUUUACGAUAGGUAUUACAAAUUACGACAGGUAUUACAAUUCACGACAUUAUUACAAAUCACGACAGAACACGCCCUUCAUAUAAACUUCGGCUUGCCCAGCCGGGUCAACUCGUUCAAGGCGCAGAGUAUGCGCGGUCGUUUUUUUAGACAAUCAAAUAUUGAACGGUUGAACGACGUCUCCGGUCAAAUUUUUCAGCCGGUCGAAAAUUCGUCCUGUGCCAAGUGAACUUAACCUGAAUAUCGUGACCUUAUUAAGAUUUGAUACCAUAGUGUAUUUUCUUCUUCUAGAUGACAAUGAAAUCAGUGACAGAGCAAAGACCGCAAAGGACCCUCUUGGGGUAGAAGUGUUGUUUGGGGCCUUCAGUAAAUGGGGCUACCAGACCCUCUUCCAAGAAGACCUUUGUUGGUACGACUACUGGGGUAUUGGAUUGACAGACCUUCAAGUAAGAGGACGCCCUGAUGGAGAUUCUGAAUUUAAAGACAGGUACCGUAUCUUUGUAAAUAUAUUACAUAAGUUAAGAGAGGAAGGUACGAAUGCUAUGACAACAUUUCUGAAGAGAGAAUAGGGAACUUAAGCAGCGACGUUUUUGAGCGACGAACGUCAACCGGAAGUGAGCUUUUUUCGCUUUUAAUAUGCCAUGACGCUACCAAAUUUUUAUUGCUCAGUGUCUUUACUCUUAUCGAGACGAUUUGCCGAAGAAUUUGUUCCAAAUCACGGUCGAAGGGUACAAAAAGUCCACUUCCGUCGCCCAAAAACGUCAUUGAUUGACUCCCUAAUGGCGCCAUAGUAUUUAGCUCACUUAUAAAAACACGGUAUCUUUUUUUAUAUUGAAAGGUUAAAACACAGUAAAACACCGUUAAUACGGACACAGAGGGGGCCACAGAAAGUUUCUGUAUUAACGGAUGUCCGUAUUAAGCGGGAUCUGAUUGUAACUUAGUUGUUUGUUUGUUUGUUUUUUUCGAUUAUUAACUCGGUGAGAAGUUGGAUUCAGUUUGUACUGUUAACGAUGGUUGUUUUAGUGCCUAUGUUGUGAGUGCUACUGAGAAAAGAAAUUGUAUCGAGAGCAUUAUUAAAGCGCUCAUAACGUAAAACGUGUUAUUUUCGUAAUAUCUAAAAGUAAACACUACUAAGAGAACUUCUGCAAAAAAAUGUGAUUUGGAGAAACGUGAUUUUUUUGGCGAAUAUUUGAAGUCUUUUGUUUUAGGUGCUACCACUCAGGCUACUCAAGGCAUGACUAUCUAACUAAAUUUGCAUAUUUUGAUUAAAUGCUUUUUAGAACGGUUUGCCUCUAUCAAUGAUCCUGAAAAUUGGACUACUAAUGUAGCUUAAUUGCCUUAGCAUUAUGAGAUAAUUUAGAAGUUCAAAUUUUUGUCACGUGACUUAUAAUUGAGAAUUAACAGUCAAACUACCGAAAAUUCCGAAAAUAAGCCCCUCCAUGUAUAAGCCCAUCCAAAUAUAAGCCCCCCAAGCCGGUAACGCAAAAAACCCUCCGUUAAAUCGCCCCUGCAAAUAUAAGCCCCCCAGGGGCUUGUACUUAGAAAAUUGCCCUCAAAUACAAAGUAAAACAAAGCAAAAACGGUAAAUUUAUUUUCAAAUAUAAGGCUAGCCCAAUCAAUUUUGAAACGCAAAUUUCCCUCCGUAGAUAACCCCCUCCGAAUAUAAGCCCCUCCAAAAAUAAGACCCUCUAAAAGGGCCUUUGAAAAAUAUAAGCCCCGGGGGUUAUUUUCGGAAUUUUACGGUAUUUACUCUAAAAUGGGGAAAGGAUAAUGAGAGAGCAAAAAGUUCUUUUAGGUAUAUUUCAGAGGCUAUUAUGUAUGUGUGUUUACGUCUUAUAGGAAUCGGUAAAUAAAGGGAAAAGGAUCACGUGACUUGUUAAUAAGUUAAUAAAUAGCUAAUAGGAUAAAUAACAUUUCCAAUCAUACAAGGCGAAUUUUCGAUUUUCACUGUUUAUGUAACAUUUUGGUGGUGAAAAUUCCUAAGAGUAAGCCUAACAACCCUUUCCCGUUUAGGAAAACUUGUUUUGUGACGUCAUUGACGAAGCAAUGUUACGUGGUAUUUGAAAUCACGUUUUACGUGUUUUUCUCAUUGAGCCACAUUUGUAGUUCACUUUUCAGGAUCACUGAUGGAAGCAAACCGGUUAAAAUAGCAUUUGACAAAAUAUGUAUAUUUAAUUAGGUAGUCAUACCUGAAGUGGCCUGAGCAUGACAAAAAAACUCUAUUCGCUUACAGGUGGAGUGAAUUCCAAAAUCGAGUGAGUACAAAGCAUAUUGACGACUUUGGCCUGUCACAUUUUUCCUGCACAGUAUUAAAAAAAUACAGCAUGACAAACCAUUACGAGACUCCACCUCAGGUUUGUCUAAACGGAGAGUUUUACAGUCAGUAUUUCCUGGAUUACAUAACGAAAGUUUACUCUGCCAUGAACAAAGACAAAAAGGCCAAAUCAAUGCUGUCCUUUCUGCACUUUAACACUGGACACGAGUAUACUGGGGUACGAAUGAUCAACAUGGAUGCUAACUUGGCAAAGUUCUUGAAUAAUAUAGUUCAGAGUCCGGACACUCUUACUGUGAUUUUUUCCGACCAUGGCAAUAGGAAUACUUAG